AUGAGCCUCCCCCGUAGACUGGUUGCUAUUGCGCGACCUUCACUUCACCGACCACUGGGAACAUUUACACCAUUGCGCUCAUCUUGGGCUAUCCCAUAUGUAGGGGCCAGACGCCAGUCGAACCAGGCUUCCCGAAAGCUUCAUCUGCAGGCCCCGCGCAAGGCUCAGUCUGCUGCAGUUCAGCCAGAGUUUAAGCCAGAGUCCCAAAUUUACGAGUCUACAAAUCCCGCGUUGUCCUUCCCUUGUCUCGACGCCGUUGAAUCCCGAUCCGCUUCACUCUCCCGCCGUUCUCUCUCCGGCCCAGAGCCUUCAUACACUACUGGCAGCCACCUCAACUUCCACUCUAGACAGCCUCUGCUUCUUGACUGGGGUGGUAUACUGCCCGAGUUUGACAUUGCGUAUGAGACAUGGGGCAUUCUGAAUUUAGAGAGAAGCAAUGCAAUCCUACUACACACUGGCCUGUCGGCAUCAAGCCAUGCACACAGUACCGCAACAAAUCCAAAGCCUGGGUGGUGGGAGAAAUUCAUCGGUUCUGGGAAGCCUCUUGAUACGGAUAAGUACUUCGUCAUAUGCACCAACGUCGUUGGGGGUUGCUAUGGCUCUACAGGGCCUUCUUCCGUUGACCCAGGAAACGGUGAGCGGUAUGCAACGAGAUUUCCGAUACUCACCAUGGAAGACAUGGUUCGCGCCCAGUUCCGACUCCUAGAUGGGCUCGGGAUCGAGAAGCUUUACGCAAGCGUCGGGUCUAGCAUGGGUGGCAUGCAAAGUCUUGCGGCUGGCGUUCUGUUCAAUGAACGCGUCGGUCGCAUCGUCAGCAUCAGUGGGUGCGCGCGCAGCCAUCCAUAUAGCAUUGCCAUGAGGCAUACGCAGCGCCAAGUGCUUAUGAUGGACCCAAAUUGGUCUCGGGGAUUUUAUUACGAUCGGAUACCUCCACACGGCGGCAUGAAGCUAGCUCGUGAAAUCGCAACCGUCACGUACCGAAGCGGGCCGGAAUGGGAGCAGCGUUUCGGGCGUCGUCGCGCGGAUCCUUCGCGCCCCCCGGCCCUAUGCCCGGAUUUCCUCAUUGAGACAUAUCUCGACCACGCAGGAGAGAAAUGGUGUUUGGAGUACGACCCAAACAGUCUUCUGUACGUUUCCAAAGCUAUGGAUCUCUUCGAUCUUGGACAAGAGCACCGCAGCCGUAUCAACAAGUUACGCCAGGAGAAUACUAGCAAACUGCAGGCUUUCAUGGAUGGUGAGGCCAUUGAGACUAGCGCAAACGGCGACCUGUGCAAUCUCACUCUUCCCGAUCAGCCUUACGAAGAGAUAGAGCAGCCUGCAGAUGCGGCUGUCAAUGGUGAGGCUGAGGCGGCUCUUGAUCCUCGUCAUCCGCCUCAAGAUCUAGUAGCAGGAUUGAAACCUCUCGCAAAUACUCCAGCUCUAGUGCUCGGCGUCGCAAGCGACAUCUUAUUCCCCGCCUGGCAGCAACGUGAAAUCGCGGAGACGCUUCAGCGUGCAGGGAAUAAGGAUGUGACGUAUAUUGAGUUGGGUGAGGAGAAGAGCCUGUUCGGGCAUGAUACGUUUCUCCUGGACCUGGAGAACGUUGGUGGCGCAGUGCAGAGUUUCCUCGAGCAAAUGCCCUCUCAUCAUGAUGCACAUUCUGUGUAG